GAUCGGGGAAAAACUACAGUUUCGCUCAUCACGUGACUCCGGCGGUCACGUGACGUGUUUUCGAAAUAUCUCAGCUGACAUCACGACUUCACUUCUGCGAGACGACAGGAGAAUACGGCAGGAUGUCUGGGAGUGUCCAGCCUCUCCAGUGUACCACUGACUGCAAGGACCAGAAUUUUGAUGGCAUAAUCUUGAUAUGCCAGAGUUUUGAGCAGCUUCCCGAUGAGCUGGAGUGUUUGAAAGCACCGUUGCAGGAUUACAGCGCAGUGGACUGUUGCGUCGGUGAAGAGGUGGUGGUGGUUCGGGUUCCUGGACUCUCUGGAAACAGACUGGUGUUUGCCUGCACCGGUCCGGUGAAUCGGGACUACGAUGAUGUCCGGCGCUUCAGUGACGCCGCAGCUAAUGGCAUUAAGAGGGCUCUGAAAGCUGGCAUGCAGCGCCCUCUGUUGGUUUGUCCUCCACACAACAACUAUGCAAAGAGCACCUUAGUGGCUGUCCUAGGAGCCCUGCAUGUUCUCUACACGCCUUUAGAGGUGAGGGAGCACAAGUCGUCCCCUCAUAAAGUGGCUGUGCUGGGCGUCUGGGUGAAGAACCGGGCGCAGGGAGAAGCCAUUACUGAGCUGGCCACUGCUCUGGAGAGCGGCAGGUUUGUGUAUCGUGACAUCGGUGGCUCUGACCCGGAGCGGAUGGCUGCCCCUCGGGUAGCGGAGUACGUUCAAGCUGUUUUCAAGGACACUCCUGUAACGGUGACGGUAGUGAGUAACCUGAAUACUCUGGAGAAAGAGUAUCCCUGUUUGGCUGUGGUGAACCGCUGCGCUAACACUGUGCCGCGUCACCAGGCCCGUGUGAUCAAGCUGCUGUACUGUGGGGAAGGACCCAUUCAAAAGACUCUCAUGGUGGUGGGCAAGGGCAUUACGUAUGACACCGGCGGAGCCGACAUCAAGGCCGGGGGAAUCAUGGCUGGAAUGCACAGAGAUAAAUGUGGAUCUGCCGCCGUGGCCGGCUUCUUCCAGAUCUUGGCCAAACUAAAGCCCAAACACCUGAAGGUUGUGGGUGCAAUGGCAAUGGUGCGAAACAGCGUCGGAUCUGACUGCUUUGUAGCUGACGAGUUGGUGGUGUCCCGUGCCGGUCGUAGAAUCCGAGUUGGAAACACUGAUGCUGAAGGAAGAAUGGUCAUGGUGGACUUGCUGUGUGAGAUGAAGGAACAGGCAUUGCAGGAAGUGUCUCCUCAUCUCUUCACUAUAGCCACUCUGACAGGACAUGCUAUCAGAGCCAUGGGACCACAUUAUUCUAUCAUAAUGGAUAACGGCGCUGCUCACCGCUCAGGAAACGCUCUGCAGUGGCAGAAAGCGGGAGAGAUGCUGGGAGAUCUGUUCGAGGUGUCCACCAUUCGCCGAGAGGAUUACGAGUUCCACAAAGGGAAGUCCGAGUAUGAGGAGAUCCUGCAGUCCAAUAACCUGCCUUCGUCCGCCACACCUCGCGGACACCAGACACCCGCUGCCUUCCUCAUUAUGGCUUCGGGGCUGGAUAAGCAUGGAGUGGACUCGGACAAACCUCUUCCUUACUCCCAUAUUGACAUCGCAGGAUCCAGCGGCCCUUUCCCUGGUGUCCCAACAGGUGCCCCAAUUCUUGCCAUGGCAACAAAGUACAUGGAGUUUUGAAUGCACGUCCAAUGAUUUUUCUGAUACUUCAUUAUUUCCGUCUACUGCCAUUUCUCUAUUAAUGGUGUCAUAUCUGCUCCGUCUGACAUGUGUAUUCAUGUAAAACUAGAGCAAAUCAUUAUAUUUGUUCCUUCUUAUCCUUCCAUUAUAAACUGUCCAUUUUUUGCUGCUCCAUAUUUACAUAAAUGCAUCUCUUCACGUCCUUAAAAACCUUUACUCUCCUCUUACUCACACCCAAGAUCAUCUUAUUUCUUUAGUACAGUCCAGGUUUUCAACAAGCAUUUAACAAGGUUAAAGUGAAUUAACAACCUAAGUGUUUUAUUUUGGUUUUUACCCGGUAGCCUUACAGUUUCUCAGUUGAUCUGACAGGAAAGAGGAGGUGGGGAAUCUGAGCCAGUGAUUGAUAUUGAAUUUGCAUCUGUGACUUUGUUUGGUAAAACAGCUUAUUGUAUAACUGCCCAUUUUGUAGAAAUGUGUAAUGGAAAAUCAAUAAAAUCAUUUUGGAAAAUAAAA